AAAAAAAGGUUAGCAAGACUUCGCUACAUCAACGCUACUCCACCCAGUUCUGCGUUUGUUUCUAAUUCUGCGCAUAUCAUGUCAUAUGUUUUACUAUUAAGGAAUAUGAAACGUUAAUAAUUAUUUGUGUCGGGAUAAACUCGUCUCAGCGUCACUUAAAAGCUUCUUGGGCUAGCUUAGCUUGCUAGUUAGCUUAGCAUAUUAGCCGCUUACAAAGAGACGCGGAAGUGAUCAAACAGUGAGAAAAUGUGCAAAGUAGAAAUGCUGAGAGUGUUGGUGAAGCAGCGACUAACUGCUGCUGUGGAAGAAAUAUUUGUAGUGUUAGAAAGAACGAUAGCAGAAUACGAGGAGGAACUUUGUCGCAGCAAAAAGGAGAACGAGCGACUGCUGGAGGCUGUUUUCAACAAACAUCACGUUGGGACACACAGAGCAGAAGAACAUCUUGCCUCUGAGCAGCAGGAGUGGAACUCCGGGGUGGAGCAGGAGGAGCCACAGCCCCCCCACAUUAAAGAGGAAGACGCGGGGGAGACGCUGGAAGAGCCGCAGGACUUCCCGGUGAUCCGCGUCAUCGUAAAGAGUGAAGAUGAGGAAGAAAAAGACCCGAGGUCCCGGCUGGACGGCGGCGGCGGCUGCGGAGGAUCACAAGCAGGCAGCCUCUUGGCGCCGCUGUCGGACAGCGACGACGCCACGUCUCCUGACAGCGACGACGACGGCGACGACUCCAAAGCCGCGACGUGUCCCGUGGAAGAAAAACACAAAUGUCUCCAGUGCGAGAAAAUGUUCGGCAACAAGCGAAAUCUGAAGCGACACAUGAGAUGCCACACGGGAGAAAAACCCUUCAUGUGCUCGGUUUGCGGCAAAAGAUUCUCCCGCAAGGACUACCUGACCAUACACACCAGGAAACACACCGGCGAGAAACCCUUCACCUGUACGGUCUGCAACAGCAGUUUCAGCUUCAACUCGGCCUUGUUUCAACACAUGGAGACCCACUUUGGGGAGAAGCCGCAGUGCCCGCAAUGCCACAAACGCUUUGGCAACAAGAGAAACCUGAUAAGGCACAUGAGGCGGCACACGGAGGAGAAACCUUGCGUCUGUUCGUUCUGCGGCGAAGGCUUCGCUCUGAAAAGAAGCUUGAUCAGACACAUCAGAACGCACAUCGGGGAGAAAACGUUUGCGUGUUCAAUCUGCAACACCAGCUUCUGCUACCAGUCGGGUUUGAGUAAACACAUGAAGAAACACACCAGUAAAACGGUUUAGCUCCUGUGCGAGACUGAAGAUCUUUUAUUGUUUGCUCUAUCAUGUCUGAUUAUUUUACAGUCAAAGCUGAUUAUACAUGAUAGUAUAAAUGUAUAUUUAUACUGGGACGGCGUCGCGAAGUUGGGAGAGUGGCCGUGCCAGCAAUCUGAGGGUUACUGGUUCAAUCCCCACCUUUCACCAUCCUAGUCACGUCCGUUGUGUCCUUGAGCAAGACACUUCACCCUUGCUCCUGAUGGGUCCUGGUUAGCGCCUUGCAUGGCAGCUCCCGCCAUCAGUGUGUGAAUGUGUGUGUGAAUGUGGAAAUAGUGUCAAAGCGCUUUGAGUUCCUUAAAAAGGUAGAAAAGCGCUAUACAAGUAUAACCAUUUACCGUAUUUUCCGCACUAUUAGCCGCACCUAAAAACCACAAAUUUACUCAAAAGCUGACAGUGCGGCUUAUAACCCGGUGCGCUUUAUAUAUGGAUUAAUAUUAAGAUUCAUUUUCAUAAAGUUUAGGUCUCGCAACUACGGUAAACAGCUGCCAUCUUUUUUCCCGGUAGAACAGGAAGCGCUUCUUCUUCUACGCAAGCAACCGCCAAGGUAAGCACCCGCCCCCAUAGAAGAGGAAGCGCUUCUUCUUCUACUGUAAGCAACCACCCGCCCCCGUAGAAGAAGAAGAAGCGCGCGGAUAUUACGUUUCAUUUCCUUUGUGUGUUUACAUCUGUAAAGACCACAAAAUGGCUCCUACUAAGCGACAGGUUU